UACAUUGCUUGCAGCCUACGAUGUUUACAUAUUCUGUUGUGCUGUAGUAACUGAAUAUGCCAUGAUCCUAUCUGGGACAAUUGACAAUAAAACACUUUUGACUCUCUUAACUCUUGACAUGAUGCGACGUACGCCUCGUGCAAAAAGACACAUGUGUAAGCCCUCAUUCUGAUGACCAUACAAUACUAUGACUCGAGAGAAGCAUGUUUCAGGAUGGCAUUGAGAUCAUUAUUGCGAAUUCGUUUGCAUCCCAUCUGCAUUGAAUGUGCCGAGGUUUUAUCUCAGAAUUGCGAGCAGUGCAUGAAGGGCCUGUGGACACUGUGAAUGGCGAUGAUCUAGGAGGCACUGACCUACAGGCGGUGCAAACAAAGCCAACCAUGGCUUUCAAACAACAUAUACAAAUGAACUGAGAAGUGCAUAAUUGAGGUGGAAGGGCGAGAACGUGAACACGGUAUUGAGGCGCUUAGACGGUUUAAAAUAAUGUCAUUGUUCAUAAGCAUGGCAUACACAAACAUACAUAGGCUUCACAAACACACAUACGUUUUUCAUGCCCUGCCUGCAUCUUAUCGCAUGUUUCUCCACAACAAGUGUUGGACCUGCCAAUAAAAUGCGAUUUUGUACAUUGGUGGGAAAAAGGAACGUAGGUCGAUGAUGUGGAUCUCCACACUUUUGGGCCAGGUGAGUUCAAUGGUAAUCUAAUCGUAGAGUACUCAAUCGUUUGCAGAAAUAUCGAACGUCAGGGACACAAAGAUAGGUCACAUGGAGCAAAAAAACGAGAUACUAAAAACAAGCGUAUGGGGCCCGAAAAAUCAUUGUAGGUGACGUUUCUGUGAGAAAAGGGUUUAUAGGGAUGGUUGAAUUAUACUAGAACUCUGAAAAAUAUAACUUAGAAAGAAAUUAGCUUAUCAGCAGAAGCCAGACUGCUGGUAGAAUAAAGUAACAAUAUACAGAACAGAGAGAAAUUCUAGAUAAAAAGUAGCAAACAGAUAAAAACUUCAGCAGAAGGCCUUGGGAGUCUUUGACGUCAGGAGAUGGUCCGAGACAUUCCUGGACUUUCUCGUGGGAAUGUGGGCUUUAUGUUAUGAUUGGACGAAACUCGAUGGGGAGACAUGAGGUAGUGACCAUAGUGAAGAAAAGUAUAAAGAUAGAAAGCAUCUCCAUUUUCUUUGUGCCUCUAGGGGACAUCAGAGGAGAGGCACCUAUUCUGCAGAAUAUGAAAUUAAUAAAAACACUUCUUUGUCUGAAUUUGUCUCAAGAGCAUUUGUGAUUUUUGAAUCUCACAUUUCUUAUGGGGACCCAUUUUCGGUCACUGACGUGCACGGCCUGUAAUGACAGAGACGUCCGACCCUAGACGGCACCUUUCCAUGUUCUCUCGGGGUGCUGCCUCUCACGCACAUUUACUCCACCAUGUUGUGCUUCCUUGGCAAAGACGCAUCUGAGGUGCUUUGUUUCUACAUGGACAAAUAAUCCCACUGCACGUUUUGUUUAUUCACUUGCAUAUCCAAGGUCUGUUUAAACGUGUCAUUUGUUAAUGACUGUAACAGUUUCUCACGCUGCGAGUCACAGACGAUUCAUAUUUGCCCCCACACCGCCUUUGAUUCCUCUGAUUAUGCAUCCCAAUUCUGGGUGAUUUUCUUUUUCAUUAACUCCCCAUUAACAUGUCUGUCGAUUAUGUCCAAUCUGUAACCCUGCGUUCUAGCUCUUUGUUCGUGGGGAAAUAUGUUUCCUGUUUAGAUCCCCCGAAAUAUUAGAGUUGUUUGGCAGUAAAACAGGGGUGUCCGUGAACAUCAGCUGUAAAUAACGUUAUUUAGUCAAUGGUUAUCUGAAAACACGAAAAAAGGGCAUAACAACAGUAGAGCACAAACGUUCCGUAAAGAUUCACAAACAAGUGGGGUCUGGAAAUUAGAGAGAAAAUAAACAAAGGUAGGACGUCGUGUGGCCUCGACGAACUGAGUUUCGAUAUACGAUGGCAGCUUUUGAUUUUAAACUCUAAACGACCACAGGUAUAUCGUAGACGAGCGUCUUGAGAUCCAGUGCUUCACAGUUAUAAGGUGCAGAGCUGAAGCCAAAUAUUAACUCCAAGGUACAUCCAAAUGUAAAGCACAAUGCAACGGUCUUUUGUGAACGCUUCGAGUAUCGGGGAGAGCCGGUGUUCGGUUAGAUGAAUCCUCUCCUGUUUGCUGAACUAGAACACGUAUUAUUUCACCAACUUAGUUGAGAUUGCGUUCUUAGUCGUCGUUUUACUGUUUAUGGGGGCACACUGUGCAUUAAUUCCAUUCUCCUUGAUAGGCUCUUUUCUGACAGCAAAUUUGUUGGCGAUGCUUCGAAUUUACUGUUUUUGUUUUACAAUAUUCCCUUGCUGUUUCUUUCUCUUAAUAGUAAUGUUUUUUCUUCACCUUUACACUAUUGCCAUUUCCCACAAACUUUCUCCCUACAACAGGUACUGUUUGUAUCUGACUUGUUGCUGUUGAUGUGCACAGAGAUUUACUGGAACCAAAAUUGUGGCAUGUUUACAAACAUGCCACAUAGCAUAUCCAAUAAAUUGCACGCACUGUAGAAACCAGUUGUGUGUCACGCCCCUACCUCGAGCGUGGUGUUCUAGAAACACAGACGCAUCGGCAGGAAAAACAUAGAUGGAAUUGGCAGGUUGAAAGGAAUCCAUAAAGUCUAACAGGGAGAGUUGUGGACAUGUCAUACUAUCACUCGUAUCCUCUUUAGGAAUCACUACACUGUCAGGGAGAAAACCUUCAGGGAACGCUGCACUGUCAGAGGGACAUAACUGAGGCAUUUCUCUACUGUGAAAGAACAAGGGAUUUCCGAGCAUAUCGGGAGUGCUUGCGAGCCGCUUUGAUGGAACGGUUGGGCGAGAGAGUCAAACGUUACUUGACAUUGGCCACUGGCGUCAUAGAGUGUUUUGGUUUCGCGGGGGUAAUCAUCGGAUGGCCCUCACUUGUGUUUGUGUUGAAGACCAAAGAAUACUUCGCUGAUCUCUGCCUACCCGUACACAACUCCAGCGAUUCUGCAGCGGCGAAUGCCACGGAUUGUCAUAUGCAGGACGAACGCUUCACGCUCAUCUUCACCAUUGCCUCUUUCGUCAUGCCAGUCGCAACGAUCGCCAAUGGUUUCCUAUUCGACUACGGCGGUACCAUGGCAACCCGAUUACUGGCCAUAUUCUUAUACACAACGGGCAAUUUAAUGGUCGCAUUUUCCACGAAUGCAUCUGCAGCGCUGCUGUUCCCUGCAAUCUCACUGCUGGGCGUGGGUGGACUCUUCUUGUUCAUUACAAAUAUGCAGGUUGGGAAUCUAUUUGGGAGUAAGCGAUCGACAAUUAUCACGGUUUACAACGGAGCAUUUGAUUCCUCAGCAGUUGUGUUUUUGAUCAUUAAGGUUUUGAAUGAAGCUGGAUUUUCAGUGUUGUCCAUAUUCGUGUUCAUCAGUUGUCUGAGCGCUUUCCUGAUACUUCGUACUAUAUUUCUCCUUCCUCGAACACACUUUCCCUACCCUCUGCCAGAGGGAUAUAGGUAUGGAGUGAACUGUGAGAAUUUUGGAUUACUGGCGCACGCACGAAAAGUGGUGACGGCCAAACGUCGGAUAUCUCCAGAGGGGGCAGAAAGUUCGGAGGGAAAGGGGGGCGAGACGACCGGAGACAGUGAUAUAGCCACUGGAGAUGGAAGGGAAACGAAUGGAGACGAUGAAGAAUCCAGAGAGUCGCAAGGGGGGUUUGAAGAGGGAAGGAGAGAUAUUAAGGCUAAAAUGGGAUGGGGGGGAAUGGAAACAAAUAAUGAACAGGCUGGUGCCGAAGAGGACACGGGACAGUGCACGACAGAAGAGGAAUGUGGCGGUGGAGGGAGGAGCGAAGAAAUGGAAAUGGUAGAAGAACAAGACGGGACUGAUGAAGAAUUGAGAAAAAGAAUUGGCGAAAGGUGUGGGAACAGGAGAACGAGAAGAGUAAAGAGAAAGGUGACUACGAGAAAUGGUUGUGGACUGCCUGCUGAUAAUGGGAAUCUCCGACCCAAUGACGCAGACGGUGCAGCGGGCAAAGAGAAAGAAAACGUCCCGUCCUUUAGGACGUGUGUCUUAUCCAGACUCUUCCUCACGCAUCUGCUCUGGUUCUCACUCAUCCAGCUGCGGCUUAUCUUGUAUAUCGGGACCGUGAACCCCAUGCUGAACUUUUUGUCGAACAAUGAUCCCAUACAAGUCAGCAGAUUUACAAACGCCCUCGGAAUAACUCAGCUAUGCGGUAUCUUGUGCGCCCCAUUCAACGGGUUGAUUCUCGACCGACACAAACGGAGAUGUCAACGACUGGACAGCAUACCAGAAGGCUCAACUUCCUCCGAGAGACUGGCGGACAUGCAUUCGGCAGUGCUUUCUCUCGCCAUCACCGUCACGCUCUCCGUUCUCUUCUCUGUCAGCGCCGCGAUCCCCGUGCUGGAGGUGCAGUACCUAACAUUCGUCCUGCAGAUGGUCAACCGCGCGUUCCUAUACGGCGGUUUCUCCGCAUUCCUUGUUAUGGCGUUCCCUCUGUGUCAUUUUGGGAAACUAUUUGGGACAAUGCAGACUCUGGCGGCCAUCGUUUCUGUGCUUCAGUAUCCGUGCUUCAUCCUCGUAAGUGGACCCUUGCAGGGCAACCCACUGUACUUGAACAUCGCAUUAAUCGCCAUUGUAAUUUGGACGUUCGCUCAUCCAAUCAACGUCUAUUUCUACUGCCGUCGGGAGAAGGCCAAGGGGACGGACGAAGCCACAACAGAUCGAAAUGCCGAAAGGGAACUUUCCAUGUAAUGCCAAAUUCCUCACCUGGACCGGUCUCUGGAGGGUCACCAGAAGCGGGGGGGGGGGGGGGGGGGGGGGGGGCAUGAGGGGGCUGCAGCAUUGGCUUGCUGGUGAAGCUGGAGACCAAAAGGGUUGGCUGGUUAGCGCUGGGCAUCUAAGGGAACACCUCGGAGGUGAAAUCGGCAUUGUGUAUGGGAUCAGAGAGGGUUCUAAUCAAAUUGCAGUAUUGCUCACGAUGUGGAGCCAAACAUGUGCGGCUCCCUCAGCAGCAAAUUAAUUGCAAUGAUAGCGGGUUAAAAUAAGUUUCAUUCGGUGUGUCUUCCAUAUUCACGUCUGAUGCAUAGAUUGCAUAUACUAUUGAUAUUAGAUUUGUUUGUGUUUUUGAUUAAUAGUGUAUGAUUAUGGAAUUUGUAUAUUAAUGAUUGGCGAUAAUAAAAUGUAACUGUUCAAACUGUGCGAAUGUUUGGAUC